GCAAAAAGCUACCCUCCUUCACGACCUGCACAAAGCACAAGAUCCGUUCUGUAUCUUCUCAGGCGCUAAUAAAUUUUGCAUCGGCAUCCAAGAAUGUCUACGGAAGUAGCAGCCCCCAAGAUUGCAUCCCAAAGCGCAGCUGUCAAGCCGCUGGGCAUGCGAAAGAACGGAAUGCAAUGGCACGAACCCAAAUCCGCAUUCCGACCUAAAGCAGGCAAUUCCAGCUAUGCAAAACGACUUGAAGAAAGGAAAGCCAUGGAAGCGGUAAAGGCUCGCGAGAAGGAAAUGAAGGAAGAGAAGGAAGCUGAGAGACAGAGGAGGAUACAGGCUAUCAAGGAGAAACGGGCCGCGAAAGAGGAGAAGGCGAGAUAUGAGAAAUUGGCGGAAACGAUGCAUAGGAAGCGGGUAGAGAGGUUGAAGAGAAAGGAGAAGAGGAAUAAGAUGCUGAAGUCUUGAGAGGGUAGUGGUGGGAGUAUGCGUAGCGGACGUGUGACUGG